AUGGCCUCCACCACCCAGCCUGGUAUCCCGCCAGUGGCGCUGGACACUAUCACCCAGCACAUUGGAAAUACACCCCUCGUACGACUGAACAGACUGCCCCGCAGUCUCGGAAUCGAUGCCACCGUCUACGCCAAAUUGGAAUAUUUCAAUGCCGGUGGCAGUGUGAAGGAUCGCAUUGCCCUGCGCAUGAUCGAGGAGGCAGAACGCUCCGGUCGCAUUAAGCCAGGCGACACUUUGAUUGAGCCUACCAGUGGUAACACAGGCAUCGGAUUGGCCCUGGUUGGAGCUGUCAAGGGAUAUAAAACCAUCAUCACCCUCCCCGAAAAGAUGUCUGCGGAGAAGGUGUCGGUGCUGCGUGCCUUGAAUGCGACAAUUAUCCGAACGCCCAAUGAAGCUGCCUAUGACUCUCCCGAAUCCCACAUUGGAGUGGCGAAGCGCCUUCAGAAAGAAUUGCCCAACGCGCACAUUCUCGACCAAUACGGAAACGAAAACAACCCCCUGGCCCACGAGCUCGGAACUGCUCAGGAGAUUUGGACCCAGACCAACGGCACGGUGAAGGCUAUCGUGGCCGGUGCAGGAACUGGUGGUACCAUCACUGGUAUUGCUCGUGGUUUGAAGAAGCACAAUCCCGAGGUGGAGGUCAUCGCCGCCGAUCCAUAUGGCUCCAUCUUGGCCUUGCCACCCACUCUGAACGAGUCCCGUGUGAACGAGCCAUACAAGGUUGAGGGUAUUGGUUAUGAUUUCAUCCCCGAUGUUCUAGAUCAGAAGAUUGUCGACCGUUGGUACAAGACCGAGGAUAAGGAGUCGUUUCAGUACUCGCGACGUCUGAUCGCCGAAGAAGGCCUUUUGGUUGGUGGCAGCAGUGGAAGCGCUAUCGCUGCUCUGGUUAAAGCCAACGAAGAGAAGAAGUUUGCCAAGGACGAUGUGGUAGUUGUCGUGCUCCCAGAUAGCAUCCGAAGUUAUCUCACCAAGUUCGCCGACGAUGAUUGGCUGGCUGCCAACGGCCUUCUCCCAGAUGUCCCCAAUGAUAGCUCCGUUGAAGCUGUCCCCACCCGCCGCCUUUCUGUUUCAAAUGACCCGUUGGCCAGCGCCAAGGUUAAGGACCUGCGUCUCAAGCCCAUCACUGCUGUGACUUCCACCUACGCCUGUGAAGUUGCCAUCGAAAUCAUGCGCGACAAGGGCUUCGAUCAGCUUCCUGUCCUUGCUCCCUCCGGGCGCAAGCUGGUUGGUCUCCUUACUCUGGGCCAUGUUCUCAGCCGUCUGACUCACGGACGGGCUACCGGCCAGACCCCUGUUUCAGAGGUGAUGUUCGACUUUUCCAAGAUCCCAGAGGUGGUUACCGACCCUCGCGACAUGGGCGUAACCCCACAGUCCAACGGGCAUAAGAGCCGCCCAUUCAUCGAGAUCACCAUGGAAACCUCUCUCAGCGUGCUGAACCGCUUCUUCGAGUGGAACAGUGCUGCUGUUGUCACUGAGAAGGACGAGAGUGGUGCCCUGAAGCCUUUGGCGGUCGCGACUAAGGUUGACCUGCUUAGCUGGAUGCUGCACCAUGGAAAAAUAAACGGUGCUAAAUGA